CCCUGCUGAGUAUUUAACCCCUGACGUUUGGCUUCCUGCUCUGUCUGUCUGCUGGGCGCCGGGAUGGAGAAGCUGCUCUGUGUGUUGAUCGGGCUGGCCGCCUGGGGCCACCUGGGCUCCGCCGAUACCCCGGCCAACUGCUCCUUCCCCGACCUGGAGGGCACCUGGGAGUUUAGCGUGGGGCAGGGGAGGGGAGGCGUCCGGACUAACGACAUCGACUGCUCGCAGAUGGGUCCCGUGGAGCGCAAACUCACCCUCCGUCUGAAGCAGCUCAAUGUUGCCGAAGACGAGGCUGGAAAUAUCGGCUUCUUCACUCUGAUCUACAAUCAAGGGUUUGAAGUCAAAAUAAAUAACUACAAGUGGUUUGCCUUCUUCAAGUACGAGCAGCAUGGCUCCAACGUUACCAGUUACUGCCACGAGACCUUCCCCGGCUGGGUGCACGACGUGCUCGGUAGGAACUGGGCGUGCUUUGUUGGGAAGAAGGUCGUGUCUUCGCCUCGUCCGGUUGUAAACCCGGUCCCGUUUCCAGAUGAUGCGGGCAGACUAUCCAGCAGACCCUAUAAGUAUAACUUGGGCUUCGUUGAGCAGAUAAAUAAGGCUCAGAAAUCCUGGACUGCAAAAGUGUAUCCGGAAUAUGAGACGAUGUCGAUCGAGGACCUCAUUAGACGGGCUGGUGGCCGCUACUCCAGGAUCCCGCGAAUACCGCAGCCUGCCCCCAUGCCCGAUGACGAGAAGUAUAAGGGUCUUCCACCUGUGUUUGACUGGAGGGAUAUUAGUGGCUUUGAUUUCGUCAGCCCGGUGAGAAACCAAGGUGCUUGCGGAAGCUGUUAUUCUUUUGCUACAAUGGGAAUGCUGGAAUCCCGAAUCCGUGUCUCAACCCAACUACGCCAGAAACCUAUCCUGAGUCCCCAACAGGUUGUGUCCUGCAGCAACUACUCCCAAGGCUGCGACGGAGGCUUCCCGUAUCUUAUCGCUGGAAAAUAUGCUCAAGACUUCGGCAUUGUAGAAGAGUCCAACUUUCCCUACACUGGCAGAGAUUCCGCUUGUACUCUCAAAGACGACUAUUACAGAUACUACACCGCCGAGUACCACUAUGUGGGAGGCUUUUAUGGAGGCUGCAAUGAAGCCUACAUGAAGUACGAGCUCCUGAUGGGUGGCCCUCUGGCUGUAGCGUUUGAAGUCUAUAGUGACUUCAUGCAUUAUUCAGGCGGGAUCUACCAUCACACGGGGCUGCAGGACAAGUUCAACCCGUUCCAGUUGACUAAUCACGCGGUUCUGCUGGUUGGUUACGGGGUGGAUUCAACUACUGGGGAGAAGUACUGGAUUGUGAAAAAUAGCUGGGGAGAGUCUUGGGGCGAGAAGGGGUACUUCAGGAUACGCAGGGGCACUAAUGAGUGUGCUAUAGAGAGCAUAGCUGUCUCUGCCACACCGAUUCCUAAGAUGUAGGCAAUCUAGGCCAAACCAUCCUUGGGCAACAGGAUCAUGGUCCAUACCAUGACCAUUGACUGGGAUCUAAGACCAUGGCAAUGCAGGCCUUACAAAAGCCAUAUUAGGGGGUUUGGGUAUAUAAAGGGGUUCAUCCGCCGUCUGUCUCGGGUGGUAAUGCUGGCGUAGAUGAUCAUUGAUCCCUGAGGGUUAUUUGAGUGAUUAAGGUGCCACACGCUGUCAUUGUCUAAUUUUGUGUUCCACUUUCUUGUUAAAGAAUCUCAGAAAUCUGAAUGGUUCUCUAAGCACUUCAAACUAAGCACUUGUCAAUUAAAAGGGAUUAAUUUUGUACGUGCCUUAAUUCUUUGAAAUCAGGGAAUGUUUUUAAAAUUUAGCUUUGUAUCUCGGAAUGCUGAAAUAAAGUUUGUUUUUUAUUUUGC